GAGCUGGACUUGGGGACUGUGAAGCUGCCUGUGACAGAGGGGCAUCGGUGCGUGAAGGUGUGCAGUCUAACAGUGAAUGAUCAUCUUAGUGGCUUUUCUUGUGAACGAAAGACCUUUUUGGACAUUGGUGGUGUGGAAUGCUGUAUUUAUGAGCCGACAUUUCUUGUACUACUGCAGUGAACCUAUUCUAGAUGUGAAGAUUGCGUUUUGUCAGGGCUUUGGUAAACACGUGGAUGUUUCAUAUAUCGCUAAACAUUACAACAUGAGUAAAAGCAAAGUGGACAACCAGUUCUACAGUGUCGAAGUAGGCGAUUCUACCUUCACAGUUCUCAAACGCUACCAGAAUCUAAAGCCAAUUGGCUCUGGAGCUCAGGGAAUUGUAUGUGCUUCAUAUGAUGCUCUACUUGAUAGAAAUGUGGCCAUUAAGAAACUCAGCAGACCAUUUCAGAACCAGACGCAUGCCAAACGGGCUUACCGAGAGCUUGUACUCAUGAAAUGUGUCAACCACAAAAAUAUCAUCAGUUUGUUAAAUGUAUUUACACCCCAAAAAUCGCUAGAUGAAUUCCAGGAUGUGUAUUUAGUUAUGGAAUUGAUGGAUGCCAACCUAUGUCAGGUAAUUCAAAUGGAACUGGAUCACGAGCGGAUGUCCUACCUAUUAUACCAGAUGCUGUGUGGCAUCAAGCACCUCCAUUCUGCUGGCAUUAUUCACCGGGAUCUAAAACCAAGCAACAUAGUGGUAAAGUCAGACUGCACUUUAAAAAUCCUUGACUUUGGACUGGCAAGGACUGCUGGAACAAGCUUCAUGAUGACUCCUUAUGUAGUAACGCGAUAUUAUAGAGCACCAGAAGUUAUUCUGGGAAUGGGGUACAAAGAAAAUGUUGAUAACUGGUCAGUUGGGUGCAUCAUGGGAGAGAUGAUCAGAGGCGCUGUGUUGUUCCCUGGCACUGAUCAUAUUGACCAGUGGAAUAAGGUAAUUGAGCAGCUGGGAACACCUUCCCCAGAGUUCAUGAAGAAACUUCAACCCACUGUCCGUAACUAUGUUGAAAAUAGGCCCAAGUACACGGGACACUCUUUCCCCAAGCUCUUCCCAGACUGCCUCUUCCCAGCUGACUCUGAGCACAAUAAGUUAAAAGCCAGCCAGGCCAGAGACCUCCUGUCCAAGAUGUUAGUAAUUGAUCCCGCCAAACGGAUAUCGGUGGAUGAAGCCUUACAGCACCCGUACAUUAACGUGUGGUAUGACCCAGCCGAAGUUGAAGCGCCUCCUCCCCAGAUCUACGAUAAACAGCUUGAUGAGAGAGAGCACAGUAUAGAUGAAUGGAAAGAAUUAAUCUACAAGGAAGUGAUGGAUUUUGAGGAAAAGACUAAAAAUGGUGUUGUGAAGGGACAACCAUCUCCCUCAGGUGCAGCAGUGAAUAGCAGUGACAGCCUUCCUCCAUCCUCAUCAGUAAAUGACAUCUCAUCUAUGUCAACCGAUCAGACCCUCGCGUCGGACACUGACAGCAGCCUGGAAACUUCAGCAGGACCCCUCUGUUGCAGGUGACUAACCGUCUGCCUGCGGAGCCACUUCUUCUUUAGAAAAUGAUGCAAAUACUAAAUACUCUGGAAAUGAACUAUUUAAAAAUGACCGUGGAAGUACUGAUGCUAAAAUAUUAUGUCAAAAUGCUUUGCUUAUGUCUCAUUCCACCAAAGCUGACAUUCAUUAAGAGUAUCAAGCAGCAUCAUUUCAAAGUACGUAAAUAUAUGUUUAUAAAUUAGCUCCCUGAAACUGGCUUUGAACUCAGAAGGUGAGCGGAAAAGAUACAGCAUUAUAGUUAAAACUAAAUGCACUUUUGUCUCCUUAAAGUUACAAUAUGUGUCCCUAUUCCUAUUCAUUUUGAAUAUGCUUACUAUAAACACUUAGUACGAUUGCUAUAAAUGCCCACGUGCAUACCAAAAGGAUCAAAUUUUGGAACAUGAUAAUAUUGUCAGAGUGACAGGAAAUAUAAAUCUAUUAAUCAUCUGAGCAUUGAAUAUCAUUGCAGUUUGAAAAACAAGAACUAAUUUUUAUCUAAUUAAAGGUAGAUAAAUGCAUGUGGUAAAUGGCCAUGCACAGAUAAUAAUCUAUAAUGUUUUGUUUUGAUAUGUUACUGCCAUCCUUGUCUCUUGGCUGGCACUACUUGGCUACAAUCUGUAUUUGCGAAAUUCAUGCACUUAUAAAAGUCUUAUUAUGUUCCAAUUUUUAUAGAACAAUAUGUCUCUAAAGUGACAUUACCAUUCUGUUCUGUUAUACCACUAUAAUUUAUUCAAAACUAAAUCACAAGCCCUUCAAUAAAUUACAACAAGUAAGCACAUAUUAUGACGUUGUGGCAAAUCACUGAAAAUGAUUCGAAUGGAAUAGGCAUAGCAAAGUUAGAAUUGUGCUCAGAUUGAGAGAUCUAUGAAUUUCUGCUCAUAGCUUCAUCUGUAUUCUGGUUUGAGAAAGCGGUAACUUUUACCACUAAAAUAAAGGACAUGCACAUAUAAAGCAAUGGCACACCUUGCUGUAGAUGGCUGCACGCUCUUUAGUUGCAUUUGCCUGUAGUUGUGCAUGAUCAAACUUCCAACUAUAUUACAGUAAAUGGAAGGAAAAAGUUAUACCUAGAUGUAUUGUAAGCUAUAAUGUGAUACAUAAUGUAAACAGCCUGGAACUGAAAUAAUGUUGCUGUACUCUUAAACCCCUUAAAUGCUGAAUCUGCAUGGUCUCAUAAUUAGUCUUAUCUGUUCACAGGUAAACAUGGAGUUAUUUUCAAUUAUCGAAACUUGUAUUAAUGAGAAGAAAAUUACUACUUGACAUUAAAUCAAAAGCUUUAUCUGACAAGGAAAACAUUAGGGAUGAACAUUCAGGACCUAAGUGAUGCAAACUGUACCAAAAAAAAUAGCAUGGUGAUUUACAAUCCUGGUGAGAUCAUUUUAGAUAGAAUUGUACAAAUUCAAGAUUGAAAUGACACAGCUCUGACCAGAUUGAAUUGGUUGUUCAAUGGUAAAGACAUAGCCUCAACCAAAAUGGCUGAUUUCCAAAUUAAAAUUUGAAAUGACUGACUGAUUGAGAAUCUAAAGUUUUUAGGAACAUUUUGUGGGUUAUUGCAAAAGUAGUCAGGACUUUGUUUGCCUAGAGGCAAAACAACACAGAUACCCAAAGCUAUGAAUCAACUAGGGACCAUUUUUUAGCUACUAAUGUACCUAGGCAAAAUAGCUGUUUGAUGAACAUAUUUUUAGUUUAAUUUAACAUUUAAAAUAGAAGGCUUCCUUGUUGUCUUGCCAUUUUGAGGGUACUGUAUUGUCUGAUUUCUUGAGGGAGCUGAGCCUUGCCAGGGUGGGGGCAGAUUUGAAAUAUCCAGUUUCUGACUCUGGAGUUUGAUUUGAAACUUUAAGGCAACAUUUGGAGGAAAAUGAGGCUACACUGCUGAAAAAUGUGACCCACAUUUUAAAUUUUUAUUCAGUAAUAGUAUACCUUGGAUUUCUCAACUUCAGCAAAAUUCUGCUCACCGUACACACCUCACGUAUAACAAAAUGCUUGGGAUCAUUAGCAGGCUUAUACUGCCGAGAUAGAUUUCUUAGAAGCCAGCUAAUAUCAUAAAUUACUUUUUAUCUUUUUUUUCAAUAGGUAUUUUUUUCUUUAUGAAAUAUUGAUUCUUUGAUAAACCCAAGAAACAGAAACAGGUUGCAUUCAAGUCUGGGUAGCACUUGACCGCAGUUAGAAUACCAUGCACAUCAAAAGCUAUUUUUCAAGAAGUAGCCCUUUUUAUGCAGUAACUUCAUUAAGCCCAUACUGUUUGAGAAAGAAGAGCUGUGGGUUUUGUGGGGUUCAAAGUAGAUUAAGACCUUCCUUUGUCUAUGGAUGCUGACCUCAAUAAGAAGAGCGUGGAACAGGUGGUCAGCAUGUUAUAAUUUAGAGUUAGAACUGUAGAACUGUAUGGUCUGAACCACAUCGGCUUUUCUCAGCUCAGCUCACAAAGCUGAAUUCCCCAUGUUAUUAUUUAUUUAUUGAGAUACAGCACGGAAUAGGCCCUUCCGCCCUUCAAGCCUCAUCACCCAGCUUCCUUGAUUUAACCCUAGCCUAAUCAAGGGGCAAUUUAAAAUAACCAAUUAAUCUACCAACUGGUAUGUCUUUAGACUGUGGGAGGAAGCAGCAGCACCCGGAGGAAAUCCACACGGUCAUGGGGAUAAUGUCCAAACUGCUUGGGUCACUGGUACUGUAAACUGUUGUGCUAUUAUGCUACUGUGCUGCAAUGGACCUCAGCCUGCCAGUUUGAGCAUGGGCAAUGCUACUGCCAGCACCCAUUCUGCAUCUGUUCCAGUGAUGAAUCUCUUAAGAGUCAGAUUUAGAUUCACAUGAACAUCGAAACAUACAGUGAAUUGUGUCGUUUGAGUUAACAACUAGCACAACCUAAGGAUGUGCUGGGGGCAGCCUGCAAGUGUGGCCACAUGUUCUGGUCCCAGCACAGCAUGCCCGAAAUGUUCAGCACAACAACAGCAAAACAAGGCCCUUCCCAUCUUCCCACCCAUCCAUUCACAUACACACACAGACACAGACGGUACCCCAACACCAGGCAGGUCACCUCCGGGUCUCUAGCCUUGUUGAUUUGCAGAUAGCGGGCUUCUGACUUCCCCAGUGGACAAAGACCUCAGCAGUUCUAUGUCCGUGUUGUCAUGGCCUUUGAAUGUGAAGCAGAGGCCUAGGCUUCAGCCUGAUCUCUAACUCCUUACAUUCCUGUCCCUAAAUACUAAUCUGACCCCUAACUCCCCUCUCUGUCUCCUAAACUAUUCCUGUGACCCUAAAGUGCAACCAAAUCUGAGCCACGAUCUUAACAAGGACUGCAGCUCAGCACCAUCUUGACUAGAAAGAGUCCUGUAUUUUGUUGCAGCAAUAGUGCUGUUUAACAAAACCUUUAUUAAAUAAGCAAUGCUAUAACCCUCCUAGAAUUCAGUCAUCACAACUUCUGGUCACUUGAACACCUCGGGCUUCCAUCAUGAAGCAAUGCAUAGUUUUUAGAUGUCCAGCACUUAAGUGUCAGAGGUUUCUCCAUAAGCCUUUCUAAGUCCUAUCUUCAUAUCCAAACUUACUGGCCACCGCAAUACCAGCAAUGCUUCUCUGAGGGGUCUUUACAUUUAUAUGCAAUAUACUUUUUAACUUUGCUUUAAUAAAAUAACCCCCAAGUUUGUAAGUAAUGCAGUGAAGUAGUGAGAUCAUAAGAUGUUUUUGCCUCUGAGUGCUUGUUUCAGUUCCACAACACUCCUGCUCUGAGCAUAACUGCAUGAAAUAUUUCAGAGGAAAAAUAGAAAUAAAAACUGAAAAACAAUUUGUCUUGUCAAAAGAAGUAUCAAAAAUGUGACAGAGAUGGAGCAUGUUGGACAAUCAGCGUUACAGUAAUUAUUCCUGCAACGUUCCAAUAACUGUUAUCGCAGUGGGACAGAUUGAGUACAUGUUGUCACAUAAAAUCAACUCUCACAUCAUGUGAAAAUGAAUAGUCCUUGUUCCAUUGUAAAAAGAACAUCAGUUAUUAGAUUGAGGAAGACCCAGCAGCUAAGUAUCCCAUUGAAACUUCGGCCUGUCUCUAAUAUAAAGCUGGGAGGAUUGAACAGCUUGCUCCAUUGGAUGAGGUAGGGGUUUACAGCUGUGUUCCAUUUGUUUUAAGUAUCUAAUAAGAUACUGUAAAUUCUAGUUUACCUUUCUCAAUUUGACAAACAGACUUAAUGAAAAGUUAAUGGGUUAUAGAGGACUUGGUCAACAAUAUUGCAGAAUUUGAAAAUUGUUAUUGAAUCUCAAUUGUAUUCUAUUUUAUGUCCAAACAAUUUCAGCACAAAGGGGUCUGAAUUAGUCAGCUCAGGUUCCAUUCACUAAAAUAUGUUCACAAAGCAUAGCAUAUUGAAUGGUUUGGUCUGUAAGUUUUAUUGCUGAAUUUUGUAAGCAGAUCAUUGCUAAUCGCUGUGCUGAGGUACCCACUUCGGUCUUCGUGUUCUUCUAAAAAAAAAUCAGCAACAUGGCAAGAUAUAAGUGAACAUUCCUUUCUGAUUUCCUGUAUGUAAAUGCUUCACUUCAGGAAAUUUCUCCUUGACUACCUGAGUGGAAUAAUGUUGCUUACGGAAAGUGAUGUUCAAAUUUUUAAGGUUACGAAGUUAAAAGUUCAGCUAAUUAAAAUGCAGCAUCCCUGCAUGCAUCCUACCUGAGGCUUCUGUCCUGCAGACUUAUAACAAAGAUGCUUCCUAUAAAGCUGAAUCAAAUUAUAAUAGUACAUAGAAUGCUUCUCUUUCUGAAGGUAUGUGAAGCAUAGUCCAGUUAUACUAACAAUCAGAGGGGCUGCUAUAAAGUUUCCUGGAGCUGUCAAUCAAUCAGCAAUCAUUUUUAUACAGGUCAUCUUCAACUGAAUGUACUUCUCUUCCCUUCAUAAUUUUGUAUCUCCUCUUUUUUUGGAAAAGGAGGGGCUUGUAUAAGUGUGACUAAUUGACAAGCAAAGCUCCUGCCUUUUGAUUUGCUGAAUCACUCUAAUAGCAAUAUCACUCAGCUUUCAGGUUAAUUUGGAGUGUUAGUGAGUCCUAUUAUAAAUGAAGUGGGGUUAUUUGGGGUUGCGAAAGGGAUGGCAAAGCUGUUUUGUCCUAGAACAAGCCAUACCUGGAAUGGUUGAAAUGAGAUGUCCAUAAACUGUAGCCAGCAUUGAUGGGGAUAGGGGCAAAAUAUCAAAAAUAACAAAUUCAAACGAAGGACCAUCCAACACCAGAUAUUGCCUUUCUAAGCUUGGUGUAAUUAUUAGAUUAACUGGCUGUAGAAAAAAAAGCUUUUUUUCCAGUUAAUUAAAUAAAUGAUGAUUAUUUAAUAACUGCCAAAUCCUUGUUAACGGUGAGGUGACUCCCACAGUCGCUUGCUUUUGGAAGUUAUGCAAAGAGGAAAAGUAAUGAUUGGACGUGACAGCUCUAUUUGGAUAUCUUUCCGAUUAUGAAGGGGUUUACAAAAAAAAACAUGUUUUGUUUGGGGAAGAGGAUUUUAUAUAAAAAGUAAUGUUUAAAAAUAUUUUAAUGAGCCUUCUCAAUACCAUUUGUCAGUUUAACUCAAAGUAUGUUCAUAACGUCCAGAUAUUUUCACUUAACAGCGGUGCAAUAAGAUUUCUCUCUGAAACCGCACCAUUACGAUGAGGUCAGCUCCGAUCACAACUGGAAUCUGAUGUGAUGACUUUGUGUCAGGUUUGAUUUUAAACAAACGCCGGUGGUUGCUUGUUUUAUUUUGUACUGUUUGUGAUCAAUUUUGUUAGGAUGUAAGAAUGAGAUAAGUGUCCGACUCAACAGCAGUGCUUAGGAAGAUGGUUCCUCAAGGUCCAGCUCCAGGAUAGGAUAAAAUCAAGACUGGACAGAAAAUAAAGCACUCAAGAUUUUAAAGCUACCAUGUAUGUAGAAAAUAUAUGUAUGUGAUUUUAAAAAUCAAUAAAAUAUGCCUUUAAA